AUGGUCAUUGUAUCACAGGGCAAGCAUAAUUUGGAGUCAGUUUAUGAGGGAAACCGACUGGCAGAGGAUUUAGAGUAUGCUGAUAUUCUAAACAGAGCCUCAUUUUGUAAAAAUUCUUUGGUCCAACUUGCUCAUGUGGCAGCAUUUGCUUGUUCAACUUAUUCAACUGUGCUUGGAAGGUUCUGGAAACCUUUCAACCCACUGUUAGGAGAAACAUUUGAGUUUAUUAAUCAUGAUGUUGGAUAUGCCCUCAUAGCAGAACAGGUAUCUCAUCAUCCACCCAUCUCAGCUCUUCAUGCUGAAUCUGACCACUGGGUUUUCUGGCAGGAGUACAAGCUUGAUAAUAGAUUCAGAGGACAGUUUUUCAAGGUUAUCCCAACUGGCAUUUGUCAUGUGAAGUUCAAGUCAGAUGGGCAUCACUAUACAUGGAAGAAACCAAUCACUACUAUUCAUAAUAUUCUUGUUGGCAGUCUUUACGUGGAUCAGGAAGGAGAUGUGGUGGUAAUGAAUCACUUUACAAGAGAACAGUGUAUUCUACACUUUCAACCUGUUAGAAAAGUUCAGGACAACUUCAGAAGGCUGAAAGGUGAAGUUCAAGAUGCAAAGGGUCAGGUGAAUUAUCUUGUUGUUGGAGCUUGGAAUACUGGUCUUGAAUUACACUCAGCAGAUGAUAGUAUUAUGGACCCCAUUGAUCUAUGGACAGCAAAUACCAAGCCACAAGAUUCGUCAAGAUUUUACUCCUUCACGCAGUUUACAAUUCAGUUGAAUGAUCCAGAAUAUGAUGUUUCAUGCCAGACUGACUGUCGAGUUAGGACAGACAUACGGCUGCUUGAGCGUGACAAGGUAUUGUACACUUUAUUUGACGUAAAUAUGGUUUGUAAGUUCUACAGUUUUACUGGUAAUAUUAAUAAUAUGACAAAAAUGGAAGACUCCUUAUAACUGAGUGCAACAACAUAAACAUAGGACUUUUCUGCUUCACCCACUCACUCACUCACUCACGCACGCACGCACUCACUCACUCACUUACUUUACACACUAACAUAAAAGCAUCAAUCUUCAGCUACUGGCAAAGAUUGAAUCAUUCCACUAACAAGAUUUUGUUACGAGAAGCAUUUCAAUAUGCAGCAAAACAUACAACUUUCUUUGACAUUCAACAGAAUGAAGAAAUCAAUAAAAAGUGUAAAAUAAAAGAACCAACAACCCAGCAACACACCAAGAAUGCAUGAUUAGUUAUAAAGAAAACCUUCAGGAAUCAAUAUUGACAAAAUUGCCUCAAAACCCAGAAUAGGUCAAUAACAAUUUCAAGAGAGAAUUUUACACAAAAAGAACUAAGUUAAAAAUAAUUCUUAACUUGAAAACUACUUGACUCACAGUUACUGCAAGUAAUUUCAAAAUUGGACGAUCGCAAAGCAUGAGGCUGAUUUGAAAUUGCAAGCGCAUCUGAAAUUUGAAUUGACCGGUCAAGAUUCAGCAGGCGGGAAAAACUGUUCUGUCUUGAUGUCAAUGUAUGAUAACAGGAAAGGCAUUGAGGGAUCGGCUAUUUACUGAGUUCGGAGUUGAGUUAAGUUUGAGUUGAGUUCGAAUUAGGUUUGAGUUACCUUUUCUUACACUUGUGACUAAAAAUGUACUAAAGAAAAGUUUCGCAUCCCUUUUUCCUGAAAAUAAUUAGGUAUUUACAUUUCUCCAAUAUGCCUCAGUGCUUAUACAAGGCUGUUGCCUAAGGAAAUUUUUAAGAAGCCCUUCAGGCUCCUAACCUGAAAAGUUAGGAGCCCAGAAUAAAUUUGCUGUGGUCAAUCCGGGAGGUUGGCGAGACUGGGGAAGACAGGGGGGAUGGAGUGAAUUUGGAAAUUAAGAGGAGGGGUCCGGAGACAGAGAUUUUCCAUAAGACACUAAUAUGGUCUAUUUUGUCAAUCAAAUUUUUGAAAUAAAGUGUUCAGCAAAGUGAUCAGGUCAUGACUGAGAAAGAAUACUAUUUGUGGUCAAACAAGUUCAAUAAUUGGCGUAUCCAUGCAAGUGCUGCAGCUUUUUUUACAAAAAUUUAUAUUGCCUCUUUCGUUUUUGAGUUUAGCAAUUCUAAACAAAUCAUGAAAUGCA